GUGUUGCAGAUGGGCUGCCCAUGAGGUCUGUGUGCCCCAGCCCUCCGAGAGUACACAGGGGACGUCUGUCCGUGAGAAGCCAAGCCGCGUGGCCUCUGGGAGCCCUUCCAGAGUCUCAUUUGCCCAGCCCUUGGGUGUUUCUGUGCUGUACAAAUAGAGAUGGAAGGCAACCCAGGGCAGGCAGCCGUUACCACCUUUACACUGGAGGCACCCGAGCCCUGGAACCUGGAACUUACUCAACCAUGAGCAAUGUUCUGUGAUGGUGCCCGAGAUGCGUGGACUGAGCCCAGACCGCAGGCUGCCCGAGGCCGCCCCGUGCCCGGCUGCGAGGAGCCCUGAGCCCGGGUCCGCGGGCCGCCGCCGCCGCCACGUCCUGGCCCUGCCGGAGGAAGAGGCAUGGCGGCCCCAGCAGUGCGCUCUGCUCGAGGCCGACGCCUCGGACGAGGUGGGCAUGCUGCCGGCCUCCCCGCGCGCCGCCUCUGGCUUCGACAACUUCUUCCCGGUGCAGGAGGGCGAGGGCCCGGGCUGGGAGGGCGCCGUGGCACUGGAGGCGGGCUCCAGCCCUUUCCUCCCGGUGAGCCCCGAGGUCAUGAAGCGGCGGCGCGGGGGUCUCAUCGAGCAGCGCGACAUCAUCAAGGCCCACGAGGCGCACAAGAUGCAGAGCACCCCGCAGGCCCGGCGCAAGGAAUGGGAGAUGGCUCGCUUCGGGGAGGCGGUGGUCGCCAGGCCGGGGUCCGGCGAUGGAGACUCGGACCAGAGCAGGAACCGGCAAGGAACCCCCGUGCCGGCCUCGGGGCAGGCGGCCACCUACAAGCAGACGAAAGCGCAGAGGGCGCGGACUAUGGCUUUGUACAACCCCAUUCCCGUCCGGCAGAACUGUUUCACCGUCAACAGAUCCCUGUUCAUCUUCGGAGAAGAGAACAUUGUCAGGAAAUAUGCCAAGAAGCUCAUCGAUUGGCCGCCAUUUGAGUACAUGAUCCUGGCCACCAUCAUUGCCAACUGCAUCGUCCUGGCCCUGGAGCAGCAUCUUCCUGAGGAUGACAAGACCCCCAUGUCCCGAAGACUGGAAAAGACAGAACCUUAUUUCAUUGGGAUUUUUUGCUUUGAAGCUGGGAUCAAAAUUGUGGCCCUGGGGUUCAUCUUCCAUAAGGGUUCAUAUCUCCGCAAUGGCUGGAAUGUCAUGGACUUCAUCGUGGUCCUCAGUGGCAUCCUGGCCACUGCGGGAACCCACUUCAACACUCACGUGGACCUGAGGACCCUCCGGGCUGUGCGUGUCCUGCGGCCCUUGAAGCUCGUGUCAGGGAUACCUAGCCUGCAGAUUGUGUUGAAGUCCAUCAUGAAGGCCAUGGUACCUCUUCUGCAGAUUGGCCUUCUGCUCUUCUUUGCCAUCCUGAUGUUUGCUAUUAUUGGCUUGGAGUUCUACAGUGGGAAGUUACAUCGAGCAUGCUUCAUGAACAAUUCAGGUAUUCUAGAAGGAUUUGACCCCCCUCACCCGUGUGGCGUGCAGGGCUGCCCAGCUGGUUAUGAAUGCAAGGACUGGAUCGGCCCCAAUGAUGGGAUCACCCAGUUUGAUAACAUCCUUUUUGCUGUGCUGACUGUCUUCCAGUGCAUCACCAUGGAAGGGUGGACCACCGUGCUGUACAAUACCAAUGAUGCCUUAGGAGCCACCUGGAAUUGGCUGUACUUCAUCCCCCUCAUCAUCAUUGGAUCCUUCUUUGUUCUCAACCUAGUCCUGGGAGUGCUUUCCGGGGAAUUUGCCAAAGAGAGAGAGAGAGUGGAGAACCGAAGGGCUUUCAUGAAACUGCGGCGCCAGCAGCAGAUUGAGCGUGAGCUGAAUGGCUACCGUGCCUGGAUAGACAAAGCAGAGGAAGUCAUGCUCGCUGAAGAAAAUAAAAAUGCUGGAACAUCUGCCUUAGAAGUGCUUCGAAGGGCAACCAUCAAGAGGAGCCGGACAGAGGCCAUGACCCGAGACUCCAGCGAUGAGCACUGUGUUGAUAUCUCCUCUGUGGGCACACCUCUGGCCCGAGCCAGUAUCAAAAGUGCAAAGGUAGACGGGGUCUCUUAUUUCCGGCACAAGGAAAGGCUUCUGCGCAUCUCCAUUCGCCACAUGGUUAAAUCCCAGGUGUUUUACUGGAUUGUGCUGAGCCUUGUAGCACUCAACACUGCCUGUGUGGCCAUUGUCCAUCACAACCAGCCCCAGUGGCUCACCCACCUCCUCUACUAUGCAGAAUUUCUGUUUCUGGGACUCUUCCUCUUGGAGAUGUCCCUGAAGAUGUAUGGCAUGGGGCCUCGCCUUUAUUUUCACUCUUCAUUCAACUGCUUUGAUUUCGGGGUCACAGUGGGCAGUAUCUUUGAAGUGGUCUGGGCAAUCUUCAGACCUGGUACGUCUUUUGGAAUCAGUGUCUUGCGAGCCCUCCGGCUUCUAAGAAUAUUUAAAAUAACCAAGUAUUGGGCUUCCCUGCGGAAUUUGGUGGUCUCCUUGAUGAGCUCAAUGAAGUCUAUCAUCAGUUUACUUUUCCUCCUCUUCCUCUUCAUCGUUGUCUUUGCUCUCCUAGGAAUGCAGUUAUUUGGUGGCAGGUUUAACUUUAAUGAUGGGACUCCUUCAGCAAAUUUUGACACCUUCCCUGCAGCCAUCAUGACCGUGUUCCAGAUCCUGACGGGUGAGGACUGGAAUGAGGUGAUGUACAAUGGGAUCCGCUCCCAGGGCGGGGUCAGCUCAGGCAUGUGGUCUGCCAUCUACUUCAUUGUGCUUACCUUGUUUGGCAACUACACGCUACUAAAUGUGUUCUUGGCUAUCGCUGUAGAUAACCUGGCCAACGCCCAGGAGCUGACCAAGGAUGAACAGGAGGAAGAAGAGGCCUUCAACCAGAAACAUGCACUGCAGAAGGCCAAGGAGGUCAGCCCGAUGUCUGCACCCAACAUGCCUUCGAUCGAAAGAGACAGAAGGAGAAGACACCACAUGUCGAUGUGGGAGCCACGCAGCAGCCACCUGAGGGAGCGGAGGCGCCGGCACCACAUGUCUGUGUGGGAGCAGCGCACCAGCCAGCUGAGGAAGCACAUGCAGAUGUCCAGCCAGGAGGCCCUCAACAGGGAGGAGGCGCCGUCCCUGAACCCGCUCAACCCACUCAGCUCCCUCAACCCACUCAACACCCACUCCAGCCUUUAUCGGAGACCCAGGGCCAUCGAGGGCCUGGCCCUGGGCCUGGCCCUGGAGAAGUUCGAGGAGGAGCGCAUCAGCCGUGGGGGGUCCCUCAAGGGGGAUGGAGGUGACCGAUCCAGUGCCCUGGACAACCAGAGGACCCCCUUGUCCCUGGGCCAGCGGGAGCCGCCGUGGCUGGCCAGGCCCUGUCAUGGGAACUGUGACCCGACUCAGCAGGAGGCGGGGGGAGGAGAGGCUGUGGUGACCUUUGAGGACCGGGCCAGGCACAGGCAGAGCCAGCGGCGCAGCCGGCAUCGCCGCGUCAGGACGGAAGGCAAGGAGUCCUCCUCAGCCUCUCGGAGCAGGUCUGCUAGCCAGGAACGCAGUCUGGAUGAAGCCAUGCCCACUGAAGGGGAGAAGGACCCUGAGCUCAGGGGCAACCAUGGUGCCAAGGAGCCAACGAUCCAAGAAGAGAGAGCCCAGGAUUUAAGGAGGACCAACAGUCUGAUGGUGUCCAGAGGCUCCGGGCUGGCAGGAGGCCUUGAUGAGGCUAAUGCCCCCUUAGUCCUGCCCCAUCCUGAGCUGGAAGUGGGGAAGGACAUGGUGCCGACGGAGCAGGAGCCGGAAGGUAGCAGUGAGCAGGCCCUGCUGGGGGAUGUGCAGCUAGACAUGGGCCGGGUCAUCAGCCAGAGUGAGCCCGACCUCUCCUGCAUCACGGCCAACACGGACAAGGCCACCACCGAGAGCACCAGCGUCACCGUCGCCAUCCCCGACGUGGGCCCCUUGGUGGACUCAACUGUGGUGCACAUUAGCAACAAGACGGAUGGGGAAGCCAGUCCCUUGAAGGAGGCAGAGAUCAGAGAGGAUGAUGAGGAGGUGGAGAAUAAAAAGCAGAAGAAGGAGAAGCGUGAGACAGGCAAAGCCAUGGUGCCCCACAGCUCAAUGUUCAUCUUCAGCACCACCAACCCGAUCCGGAGGGCCUGCCACUACAUCGUGAACCUGCGCUACUUUGAGAUGUGCAUCCUCCUGGUGAUUGCAGCCAGCAGCAUCGCCCUGGCAGCAGAGGACCCCGUCCUGACCAACUCAGAGCGCAACAAAGUCCUGAGGUAUUUUGACUAUGUGUUCACGGGCGUGUUCACCUUUGAGAUGGUUAUAAAGAUGAUAGACCAAGGCUUGAUCCUGCAGGACGGGUCCUACUUCCGAGACCUGUGGAACAUCCUGGACUUUGUGGUGGUCGUUGGCGCAUUGGUGGCCUUUGCUCUGGCGAACGCUUUGGGAACCAACAAAGGACGGGACAUCAAGACCAUCAAGUCUCUGCGGGUGCUCCGAGUUCUAAGGCCACUGAAAACCAUCAAGCGCUUGCCCAAGCUCAAGGCUGUCUUCGACUGCGUGGUGACCUCCUUGAAGAAUGUCUUCAACAUACUUAUUGUCUACAAGCUCUUCAUGUUCAUCUUUGCUGUCAUCGCAGUUCAGCUCUUCAAGGGAAAGUUCUUUUAUUGCACGGACAGUUCCAAGGACACAGAGAAGGAGUGCAUAGGCAACUAUGUAGAUCAUGAGAAAAACAAGAUGGAGGUGAAGGGCCGGGAAUGGAAGCGCCAUGAAUUCCACUACGACAACAUUAUCUGGGCCCUGCUGACCCUCUUCACCGUCUCCACGGGGGAAGGAUGGCCUCAAGUUCUGCAGCACUCUGUAGAUGUGACAGAGGAAGACCGAGGCCCAAGCCGCAGCAACCGCAUGGAGAUGUCUAUCUUUUAUGUGGUCUACUUUGUGGUCUUCCCUUUCUUCUUUGUCAAUAUCUUUGUGGCUCUCAUCAUCAUCACCUUCCAGGAGCAAGGGGAUAAGAUGAUGGAGGAGUGCAGCCUGGAGAAGAAUGAGAGGGCGUGCAUCGACUUCGCCAUCAGCGCCAAACCUCUCACCCGGUACAUGCCGCAGAACAGGCACACCUUCCAGUACCGCGUGUGGCACUUUGUGGUGUCUCCGUCCUUCGAAUACACCAUUAUGGCCAUGAUCGCCUUGAAUACCGUCGUGCUGAUGAUGAAGUAUUACUCUGCUCCCUGUACCUAUGAGCUGGCCCUGAAGUACCUGAAUAUCGCCUUCACCAUGGUGUUUUCCCUGGAAUGCGUCCUGAAGGUCAUCGCUUUUGGCUUUUUGAACUAUUUCCGAGACACCUGGAAUAUCUUUGACUUCAUCACCGUGAUUGGCAGUAUAACAGAAAUUAUCCUGACAGACAGCAAGCUGGUGAACACCAGUGGCUUCAAUAUGAGCUUUCUGAAGCUCUUCCGAGCUGCCCGCCUCAUAAAGCUUCUGCGUCAGGGCUAUACCAUACGCAUUUUGCUGUGGACCUUUGUGCAGUCCUUUAAGGCCCUCCCUUACGUCUGCCUUUUAAUUGCCAUGCUUUUCUUCAUUUAUGCCAUCAUUGGGAUGCAGGUAUUUGGAAACAUAAAAUUAGAUGAGGAGAGUCACAUCAACCGGCACAACAACUUCCGGAGUUUCUUUGGGUCCCUAAUGCUACUCUUCAGGAGUGCCACAGGUGAGGCCUGGCAGGAGAUUAUGCUGUCAUGCCUCGGGGAGAAGGGCUGUGAGCCUGACACCACCGCACCCUCAGGGCAGAACGAGAACGAGCGCUGCGGCACCGAUCUGGCCUACGUGUACUUUGUCUCCUUCAUCUUCUUCUGCUCCUUCUUGAUGCUCAACCUGUUCGUGGCCGUCAUCAUGGACAACUUUGAGUACCUGACUCGGGACUCUUCCAUCCUGGGGCCUCACCACUUGGACGAGUUUGUCCGCGUCUGGGCAGAAUAUGACCGAGCAGCAUGUGGCCGCAUCCAUUACACUGAGAUGUAUGAAAUGCUGACUCUCAUGUCACCUCCGCUAGGCCUCGGCAAGAGAUGUCCCUCCAAAGUGGCAUAUAAGAGGUUGGUCCUGAUGAACAUGCCAGUAGCUGAGGACAUGACGGUCCACUUCACCUCCACACUUAUGGCUUUGAUCCGGACAGCUCUGGACAUUAAAAUUGCCAAAGGUGGUGCAGACAGGCAGCAGCUAGACUCAGAGCUACAAAAGGAGACCCUAGCCAUCUGGCCUCACCUAUCCCAGAAGAUGCUGGAUCUGCUUGUGCCCAUGCCCAAAGCCUCUGACCUGACUGUGGGCAAAAUCUAUGCAGCAAUGAUGAUCAUGGACUACUAUAAGCAGAGUAAGGUGAAGAAGCAGAGGCAGCAGCUGGAGGAACAGAAAAAUGCCCCCAUGUUCCAACGCAUGGAGCCCUCAUCUCUGCCUCAGGAGAUCAUUGCUAAUGCCAAAGCCCUGCCUUACCUCCAGCAGGACCCCGUUUCAGGCCUGAGUGGCCGGAGUGGAUACCCUUCGAUGAGUCCACUCUCUCCCCAGGAGAUAUUCCAGUUGGCUUGUAUGGACCCCGCCGAUGAUGGACAGUUCCAGGAACAGCAGUCUCUGGAGCCAGAGGUUAGUGAAUUAAAAAGCGUGCAGCCCUCUAACCAUGGCAUCUACCUUCCUUCGGACACCCAGGAGCAUGCGGGAUCUGGGAGGGCAUCCUCUAUGCCACGUCUGACUGUGGAUCCCCAGGUGGUGACAGACCCUAGCUCCAUGAGACGUUCAUUUUCCACUAUUCGGGAUAAGCGUUCAAAUUCCUCGUGGUUGGAGGAAUUCUCCAUGGAGCGAAGCAGUGAAAAUACCUACAAGUCCCGUCGCCGGAGUUACCACUCCUCCUUGCGGCUGUCAGCCCACCGCCUGAACUCUGAUUCAGGCCACAAGUCUGACACUCACCGCUCAGGGGGCAGGGAGCGAGGACGAUCAAAAGAGCGAAAGCAUCUUCUCUCUCCUGAUGUCUCCCGCUGCAAUUCAGAAGAGCGAGGGACCCAGGCUGACUGGGAGUCCCCAGAGCGCCGUCAAUCCAGGUCACCCAGUGAGGGCAGGUCACAGACGCCCAACAGACAGGGCACAGGUUCCCUAAGUGAGAGCUCCAUCCCCUCUGUCUCUGACACCAGCACCCCAAGAAGAAGUCGUCGGCAGCUCCCGCCCGUCCCACCAAAGCCCCGGCCCCUCCUUUCCUACAGCUCCCUAAUUCGACACGUGGGCAGCAUCUCUCCACCUGCUGACGGAAGCGAGGAGGGCUCCCCACUGACCUCCCAAGCGCUGGAGAACAACAACACUUGCCUGACCGAGUCUUCCAACUCCCCGCACCCCCGGCAGGGCCAACAUGCCUCCCCACAGCGCUACAUCUCCGAGCCCUACUUGGCCCUGCACGAAGACUCCCACGCCUCAGACUGUGGCGAGGAGGAGACGCUCACUUUUGAAGCAGCCGUGGCUACUAGCCUGGGCCGUUCCAACACCAUCGGCUCAGCCCCACCCCUGCGGCACAGCUGGCAGAUGCCCAAUGGGCACUAUCGGCGACGGAGGCGCGGGGGGCCUGGGCCAGGCAUGAUGUGUGGGGCUGUCAACAACCUGCUAAGUGACACGGAAGAAGACGACAAAUGCUAGAGGCUGCUCCCCCCUCCGAUGCAUGCUCUUCUCCCACAUGGAGAAAACCAAGACAGAAUUGGGAAGCCAGUGCGGCCCGGGGGGGCGGAAGAGGGAAAAGGAAGAUGGAAAGACACCAUGCAUUAUCAGAGAAGAGGAAGUAAAGGACAAUCGGAACACCAAACCCACCAAAUUGCUUUAUUCCCCUUUGCAAGAUGGGCACUGCCAUAGUUCUGCCUCUUUGCUGGGGAAAGAAAACAGGAACGUGGAGGGUUAUUCCUGCAGGAGAAGGGACAUGAGGAUGGCUUUGCUUCCCCUUGCCCCUUCCCACUUUUCUAAAAGCUGUGGAGGGAUCUAGCUGGCCUAUGUCUACACUCAGUGCCCUGAGAAGCCUGGAAGACUUUCUGGCUCUUAACUGGGGAGUAGUGGAGACCAUAGGAAAGGACUCUCCUCCCUCACCAGCUCUUACGCCUCAGCCAGCACCACUGCCACCAGGGCAACGCAGCAGCAUCUCACGCAUAACCCUGUGGCUUUCUUCCCCCAGGGCAGCACAGGCUAAGUCAGGAACAUCGGAUACCAGGGAGGGAGGAGAAAGCCGAAGCGAAAGGGGUCAGUGUGCUGAGGCAAGCAGCAAGGGCUGGUCUGGAUGAGAAAAGCCAUAGCCCGGCAGCCCCUACCAUGAGGGAGACGGUCAGAGAAACUGGUGGUGCUGGGGGGUAUAGCCCCCCAUCCUUGAGGCCUGUCACUCACAGUAGGUGCUGAGAGUUAGUUAGGACAGGUCAGGAAGUUCCCCAGGGUCCACAACGGUGCCUAAGGCUCUGGUAAGGGUGAAGGUAAAAGUAUUUAACAACUGCUGUGGCAUCAAUGUAAGUGGAGUUUGGUCGUAGUGCUGGAGCCCACGCUGUUCCAGGCAUUGGCUCUUUAGAUGCCAGUCAUGGGGAAUGUGGGUAGAGUAACAGGGGCUGCCUAAUGGACUCAAAACAGAGUCUGUUUUCCAACCAGUGUGGGAACAAUUAAAUAUGCGCAACAGUGCUACGGCCACACCAGCACCUCCUGGCUGAACGUCAGCCCACACUCUGGUCCGUGAGGCAGCAAGGCCAGUGCUGUGCCAAGCCCAGUAAGGCCAAGUGCCAGAGGCCCAGCCUUCCCUGCCACUCCUCUGAGAGGGCAGAACACACAUAUCCAAGUAGGCUACCCACCACUGGGUAGGGACUUCUGUAAAGAUGGGAAAGGCGGAUAGAUUGAAAUAAGCUUCUAGGAAAGUCUGGAUUUACUGAGGACCUCCCAUGAGGCAGGACCAUUGGGACCGCAGCGUCUGCAGCUGGUGUGGGGUUCAGGUCAGUUUGUCAGGAUGCUUUAAGGUGAUUAGUAAAUAUACCUCAGCUUAGACCUGGGCUGCUCCUUCUAGGAAAGUGGGCUCCAGUGGGGCCUCAUCAUAUGGGAUGAUAAGACUGGGGCCCUGGUCACCUUGAAUAUUCCCCUGGGCCAAGAUGGGGCUUCACCCCUCCCCAGAGUAAGAGCUGGGGCUGACAGUGCCACCCUGUCAUUCCUAACUGCCCAAAUGCAGAAGCACUGAGCAAGAGAGCCCUUUCUUGCCAAGCCAGUGCUCUUUUGGUACAUGGCAUACAGCUCCAUUGGAGGGCACACAUCACUGGCUUUAUCUGGUGGAAAUGUACCUUUCCCUUAAGUUCUUCUUUAGUGCCAUCACAGCAGGGGAAAGGACGGGGCCCUCCUUCCCCCCCACCCCCACAGGAACAGAUGGAGCCUGCCACCCAGGAUCCUGAUCUGCCCUGCACUGAGCACUCAGUGGAUAAACACUCUUCUCCUCUUGGGCAGGAGAAAUCCAGAGCUGUUAUUUUUCUUAGAAGGAGCCUCUUUUUCCCCUAUUUUUUAAAUUGAAAUAUAUAAUAGCUGCAUCAACCCUGAAAAGCCAAAUUCAACCACAUGGCUGGAGAAUCAUUUGUCAUGGCCCUGCCUUCUCUUCUGAUACUGAUGGAGCUUCAUGACCCAUGGUCAGCCCCCAAACCAAAGCUGUCCCAACAGAGGAGGCCAGUGAGGCAGAGACAGAGCUCUCCCACUCUCAGACCCUCUUUCGUCUUCAUUUUCCUCUCCCACUUAGCACGUGUGUGCUUGAGGGUGGCUGGGAAUGUGAUAUACAGUACCCUGAUCCUAACAGGUGUGAUCAUUACAUAAGACGCUGAUGCUGGGCCUUGUUUUGUUUUUAAAGUUUCCUCUGCUCAGUGUCAUUUCAUGCCAAAGUGCUGCUAUGGGCUGCUUUGUGUGUAUGAAAUUGCUUUUUCCACUUCGGAAAUGCAGCUUUCCCUAGGGGAAGGCCUACAACAGGACGACUAUUCUGAGCCAGCGAGUCUAUUGCAUGGUGUUUUGAGAAAGGGAAUUGUAGUGAUACCUUAUGCCAUUUCAACAGGAGAAAUGCAGGCUGGCAGAGCAAUUACCAGAAAUGGAAUUUGCCUGCAAGUAGUAUAAACACUAAAUUUACUGUGCCAGGAAACCUUCCUGAACUCCUUGAACUCAUACACACAAGUAUCUGAGUCCUGAAUAAAGUGUUGGAAGCACUGCGGAUGCAGUCACCUGACUGACCACCUGGUUUUUCUAUUACCAGUGAAUUUCUUUUAUUCACCUUCCCUUGACCAAGAAAUUGGGUUUCUUUUCCCUCAGCCUGCACUUACUCUUCUAUUAAGACCAGAAAAUAAAAUAAUUUUCUGUUGAGUCACAAA